UGGUGUGAAUUAAUCCGCGCAUCCAACAAUCAUUAAAGCGAGAAGAGAAGAAAAAAAAUGGUAGAAAAAAAAUGAUAAAAGGUGCAGAUGACGACAAUACCUACCUUACUCUAGCAACUACAUACAAAACUACACACGUACCUACACUUGAGAAAAGGGGACAGUAGGCAUGCGCGUGCCAUUGACGCCCAGCAGUCGCGCGGGUAGCUCUCUUGAGCGUGAGCCGUGGAGCAGAAGACGUUACACGGGAGCUGAGUGGUCUGUGUCAGUGCGCGUAAACGCUGCUACCACGUACGGUUCAUCUACAUACGUAUAUUCUCACAGUCUCUCGCUCACUCACACACAUACCUAUGACGUAAUGUAAUGGACCGCCAGUCUCGUCGAAUUUAAUACAUAAUAUACUUAUCUAUUAUAAUUCGCGAAUUAAUCGUGCCGGGUGCGUGCUGCGAUCGUAUACGAGUGUGCGCCUUCCGAGUACCGCAUCGAUCACCAAUCGAACACCGAACGAAAAAAUCAUCCCGGCGUAAAGAUGAUUUAAAAACGCGAUGGAGAGAUCAUUCACAAUGUCAAUUAGAAGAAGUCGGCCGGAGGAUAUACCGUUGCAUUCUAGGGCAGCCGAAGGAGCGGCGGGUAAAUUCAUCUCUCCGCCGAGAGGAGGCUCGUUGCGGGAACGCGAACGGCAUUACUCCUUCGACCGAGAUCGCUACCAUCGACGAUUUUCGGCGCAUAUCGUAGCCAGACGCGAAUCGAAUUUCGAACGGUCCAUCGACGCCGCUAUUCGACGUCCUUCGUUGGCAGCGGUCGCCGAACGAGGCAGCUGGGGCAAUCGAUGGGAAUUCCUGCUCUCCUGCGUUGGUCUGUCUGUCGGUAUUGGAAAUGUGUGGAGGUUUCCGUAUUUGGCGUACAAAAAUGGCGGCGGAGCGUUCCUCAUUCCGUAUCUGAUCAUGUUGGCGUUGGCCGGAAAACCCAUGUAUUUUCUCGAAUUAGCCAUCGGACAGUUCGCAGGUGUUGGACCGUUGGCGUUGUGGAAUUGUUGUCCGAUUGCUCAGGGAGUUGGUGUCGCCAUGGUUACCGUUUCGCUGAUCGUUUGUAUUUACUACAACGUAAUUAUGUCCUAUACUAUUUACUACAUGGUCGCAUCGGUUAGCAGCGUCGUGCCGUGGAGUAUCUGCGAUCCGGCCUGGGCCAAUAUGUCCACAUGCUAUGUCCGUUCGAUGACCAACAAGGCUGAGGAGAACAGCACGAGCUUCGGAAAUAACGUUACUAAUACGUUCGACUAUGUGAAUAAUUCAAACAAAGAAACUGCCAGCUUACAAUAUUGGGAAAAACGUGUUCUAAAUUUAUCGAGCGGAAUCGAAGAAAUAGGAACGAUAAAAUUCGACCUGUCGAUGUGUUUAUUGAUCUCGUGGGUAAUAGUCGUUCUGUGUCUUGUGAAAGGAAUAAAGACUUCGGGAAAAGUGGUUUAUUUUGCGGCUACUUUUCCUUAUUGCAUUUUAUUCACGCUUCUGGUGACUGGGCUGAUGCAGGAAGGCGCCAUGACCGGAGUUAUCUAUUUUUUGUAUCCAGAAUGGGGCAAGUUACUCGAUAUACAGGUUUGGCAAGCGGCAGCUGGUCAGAUGUUUUUUUCACUCAGCGUAUCUAUGGGUGGCUUAAUCAUGUACAGUAGUUAUAACGAUUUUAGAAAUAAUGUGUACAGGGACGCUUUGGUGGUCAGUGUGAUGGAUACGAUUACCAGUAUGAUAUCCGGUAUCGUGACUUUUUCCAUAUUGGGAGCGAUGGCUCACGAUUUAAACGUGCCGAUUCAUCACGUAGUGAAAGACGGACCUGGGUUGGCUUUCGUCGCGUAUCCGGAGGCUUUACUGCGUCUUCCAUUUCCUCAGCUGUGGUCGGUGCUGUUCUUUUUGAUGCUGUUCAUUUUAGGACUCGAUAGCGAGUUCGCGUUAUUGGAAAACGUGCUGACCAGUUUAUCAGACGAAUUCGCUGUGCUGCGUAACAAUAAAUUGGCAUUUUGCAUAUGCACGGCCAUUGUCUCCUAUGCUAUUGGUUUGACGUGCGUCACCAAUGGUGGAAACUACGUGCUAACUUUGAUGGACGUUUACGGAGGCGGUAUAGCUGUGUUAGUGAUCGCCAUAGCCGAGUGUACAUUCAUUUCGUGGGUUUAUGGAUUAAACAGGUUGUGCGGAGAUCUAAAAUUUAUGUUGGGUUUUGUUCCUGGAAUAUAUUGGAGACUGACUUGGGGCUUUUGCGCUCCGGUGAUUUUAUCUGCUAUUUUUAUUUAUUCGUUGAUCGACUUUAAGCCGUUGAAGUACGAAGAUUACGAUUAUCCCGAAUGGGCCGAUGUACUCGGAUGGGGUCUCAGUCUUCUGUCCAUUAUACAAAUUCCUCUAUGGGCUGUUAUCAGUAUUAUUAGAACCGAUGCUCCAACUUUGAAAGAGAAAAUUUUGAAAUCAUGUCGCGCACGAGACAGCUGGGGUCCAUCGGACGCCCAACUAAAACGCGAAUGGCUCGAACAACCGUUACUGGAAGAACAAGAAGAGAACUCCAAAACCACACCAGGCGAUAAAAGCAGCUCCGGCUUGGGCGGCGUUGGCGGCGGCGGUAGCGGCGGUAGCGGCGGCGGCGCUGGCACCGGAGACGGCAGCGGUACCGAAUACAAGCUGAAAAAGGAAGUAGUCGCUAAGCUGAGCCAAAAUGAGGGAAACUCGAAGAAUCAAGUCAACGGACUGUUGUCAAAGACAAACGAUGAGGAAAAUCCUCAAAGUUACCCUGGACAUUAUUUUUCAGUGUGAGAAAUACUGAUUGUCUGCGAUGCUGAGACGACAUUUUGUAUAUAUGGUUUUUUUUUGUUGUUCUUAAUUACCUAUUUCGUUCGAUCGCGAUGUUUUUUUUUCCUCCUGGUUUUACAUUCGGGCUCGAAAUGGUCAACUUUCGAGUCCUAUGAGCACAAUACACGUCAUAUUAGGUGUAUAAAAUGAAUAUGGUAAAAUUGACUGCUGGUUCGAGACGGUGUUUGAAUAAUAUAUUAUUUAAAAAAGUAUACUACGUAAUUUAAAAAUCAUAUGUAGAUGGUAGAGUAGUAUGUUUUAUACAUAAAAGUACCUAACGAUAUAUCCAAAGCAGUGCCUUUUUGUACGACAUACUCGCCAUUGCAAACUUCUCCUUUGUACAAAUAAACCGAACGAAAGUCUUUCCGAUUACGAGAUAGAGAAAUCUACCCUAUACGUAUGUUUCAAAUAGACUGAUGAGUAAUCCUUGGUUAUUGGUUCGUUGGAUUGUAUUUUACAUCCAUCACCAUCACCAAUUCAGCCUAAAGUUCUAAAUCUGUAGAAAUCCUGUCGUUUUAUUUCCCCCCUAGCAAUAUCAUUUUAUCAAUAAUAUGAUUCGAUAUAAUUAUAGUCAAUUAUUUGUGUAACAAAUUUUUAGUACGAGAUACAUAUUUAUACCUACCUAUACCAAUUCCAGGGUUAUUUCGUUUUUCUCCUUUCUUUCUCCUUUUUCAUAAAUAAUUUAGUAAUAGAAAAUAAUACCUAUAGGUGAUAUUUUUAACACCCUGAUCGACGCUUUAAAUUAAUUUAAUACUCUUAUAAUAUUAUACUUAGUAAAACAAGAAGUAUAAAUUCAGUCAAUUUUGAGUCAUAUUCCUCCUCCUCUCCCACUUUCUCUGUGAAAAAAAAAUUAAGAACGUCUCGACCUAAGACGACGAGUGAAAAAUUUUUCAAAAAUAUUCCUACACCAUGACGAGAUGAUUUUCGUUCACUUGUGUUUCGAUUUCGAUGAAUGUAAGUACGAAAAUUACGAAUUUUUUUAGCCAAUUUUUUUCCUCCUCCUCCUCCGUCGAUUUACUUACGUACGUAUGUUUUUGACUGCGCUACGCGGUUUAUUUUUUGAAAUACGUGUGGCGAUAAAGUAUGUAAUAUUUACAUUUGUAUAUAACGCGGUUCAUAUAUUAUCGUGUAAGUUGAUUUUUUUUUUAUUUUAUAAAUACUUACAUAAUUAGAUGAUUUCGCGAAGCUGCGAUCAUAGGUUUAAGUUUAUAUGUUUGCCCUUUGCAUGAAGGUCUGGUGGUGGAAGAAGGUAUUUUAUUUGUAUGUUCGAUUGAAAUGUCAUACUUUUGUACGAUCAGAAAGUUGGAAGCCAUUCUAUUCUUUUUGCUGAUCAGGAAUCGAUUGAUUGGAGUCGGGAAAAAUCGAUUCAUUUGUGAUUUUCAGUCCCGUUUGAUCGACCAUUCUUGAAAAUGAGAGACCUUUGUGACGUUGAUAAUCGAUCAUUUUCGAAAAUCGAUUAAUCGAUCUACAAAAAUCGAAUCACUGGCGAUUUUUGAUCAUUUAUGAUCGAUCAUGUUGGAAAUGAAACGUAUUUUUUUUUUUUAGAAUGAAAAAUCCUCCAAAAAAACUCUUCAAAAAAGAAUUACACCCCGCCCUCUCCACGAUUCCUAAUGAACCUACUUCAUGAACAAAAAUUAAAAAUUUCAGUAAGAAAAUGUUAUGAUAUCAUGGUGGAAUCCGCCCCUAAGAAAAACAACCUACCACUUCACCAUUUAUCAUAUAAGACAAUCUAUGAAACAGCUAAUGAGCCAAAAAUUUGGGGGCUGACAAAUCUUCCACACUCCAGAGUCAAGUUAGAUUACUAAACUUAUUUGAGGGAUCUGUCCGCCCAAAUUUUUGGCUCAUUAGCUGUUUCAUAGAUUGUCUUAUAUGAUAAAUGGUGAAGUGGUAGGUUGUUUUUCUUAGGGGCGGAUUCCACCAUGAUAUCAUAACAUUUUCUUACUGAAAUUUUUAAUUUUUGUUCAUGAAGUAGGUUCAUUAGGAAUCGUGGAGAGGGCGGGGUGUAAUUCUUUUUUGAAGAGUUUUUUUGGAGGAUAUCAGUACUUUUUUUUCUACAAUUAUUGUGAUGAAGUGUUUAAUCUAAUGAAUGAAAAUAGCAUUGGUGGCAGGAGCAUGCAGAGAGUGGACAGAUUACUGGACAUUUGUCAUUAAACUGACUGGAAUAAAAACAGUGGGUUUUCAAGAGUGAUGGGGGAAGGGGUUGACCAAAAAUUCACCGAUCAGUAAAAAAAAGACUUUCAAUUUUGUCAAAUAAAAUGACAAGUAGCGAAUAUAAAUUUCUAAAAUGAAAUGAGAGCUGAAAUGACAAGUUUACCAAUAAUUGAUAAAAAUACCUAUUAAAAAAUUAUUAUUUUCCUUUUUGAAUUUUUUGAAGUUUCAAAAUGGAAUUUUUUAGUUUAGGAAAAGGAUAGAAAAAAUAGCUGAGUGAUGCGAGUGAAAAAACGUUCAAAAAUUCAAGAGGUGAAAAACAAUUAUGCUUUUCAGGUUCCAUUUUUUGCCUUCAAAAUUUUGGAAUUUAAAUGUCAACUUUUUAAAAAUUUAAAUUUUGAAAAUGUAAACCAAACAAACCUGAACAAAGUAAAGCAAAAUGUCAUUUCAAGAAGUAAAAAAAAAAACAUGUUUUUUCAGGUGAAAAAAUGUAUCUUGUUUGUUUUAAAUAAAUUUGCGUAAUGAAAUUUUUUCCAUGUUUACUUAAAAAAAAAAACAAGGGCAAAAGAAAAUUUGUACUUUAGGAAGUGAAAAACAACGUUUUUUUACAAUUUAUUUUUAAAAAUUGAACAUGUUAAAUAAAAAUCAUAUUGAAAAAAUCAGCUUACAAAAUUAAAAAUUGAAAAAAAAUUUUUGAUUCUGAUGGGGUUCGAACCAGAGUCUACUGCGUGGUGAGUGGAAGCUUAAAUCAUUCAGCCGCUAGGCUGUUCAACGUUUUAGCGCAUUUCAACUGCAUACAACGCCGCCAACACGUGUUGUGCUUCAAAGUUAACGGUCAUUUUGAUAUUGAGCAUUUUAUGCACAAUAAUAAUAAUUAUUGCGCAUAAAACCAAAGCUCCGUUUACUUUGAAAUUAGUAAAAGGCACUUUUACCAUGUUCAGAGUAUAUUUGAACAAAAUUUCAGCGUUAUUGGUGCAGUAUUCGAAGCUGUAGCUUUGUCUAAAGAAUCAAAAAUGGCGAAAAUUAGUAUUAUAAAUUUACUGUUUCUUUAGACAAAGCUACAGCUUCGAAUAGGGCACAAAUCACGCUGAAAUUUUGUUCAAAUGUACUUUCAACAUCGUAGAUGUGCCUUUUGAUGUACGUACAUCUAUCCCAGCUUUGGUUUGAUUGUACUUUGGAUAAAUAUACUGCUCGUUUUUUUAAAAUUUGUCAUUUUUCAGCAUCUUUAGACUCCACUCAAGCUUGAUGUAAUUGGGCUACAAAGCUCAAUUUUUGCAUGAACAUCAAGUUUGUGAUGGAGAAGUGCCUUUUGAUAUUUUGGGUCAAUUUUGAAAAUUUUUGGGGCCCAAAAAGGGGGGGUGCAGGGUCAAUUUUCGAAAAAUUUACAAUUUUUUGCUGUUAGUCAGUAAUGGUUGACAAAUCGAAGCUAUAUUCCAAAUUUCAUCAAAAUUGGUUCGGCCAAUCCUUCAAACUUUGAGUAAGUGUUGAAGAACAAUUUCGCCAAAAUAACAAAAAAAUGGCUACUUGAAACUUUGCGAAUUUUUAUCGUACAAAAAUUAUUCUUAUAUAUUCUGAAAGGUCUUUGAAAAAUAAGAAAAAAAGUAUCUAUGCGUUUUUUGAAUAAACGCAUAGUUUUUGAGAAAAUUGCGUUGGAAAUAUUCUGGGCUAACAUUAUGAAAUGAUUUGAGAAUAUAACUCCGUCUGGCGUUGCGCCGCCUACGGUAACGCGUUUCAUGACGCGUUUGAAACCGUGGGAGGGCGGGGUGGCAACGCUACCGCGUCGCCUGAUCGAUUAUUAUUGAGAUAAAAAUCGAUUAAUCGAACUCGAAAAUCGAUUCGUUUGCGACUUUCGAUCUCAUAUUAUGAAUGAUCAUGUUCGAAAUGAAUAAUCAAUUCCAGCCUUCAAAUUAGGUUUUUCGAUCAAAAAUAGAUCUUGAUCGAAAAUGGAAUAAUCGAUCAAAAAAAUCGAUUCAUUUGCGACUUUCGAUAUUUUAUGAUCGAUCAUGUUGGGAAUGAAACAUCAUUUUUUUAGUAUGAAAAAUUAUCAAUAUCAUGAUUGAGAAUCGAUUAAUCGAACUUGAAAAUCGAUCUUUUUGCGACUUUCGAUCUCAUUAUGAUUGAUCAUAUUCGAAAUAAAUAAUCAAUUCCAGUCUUCGAAGUAGGCUUCUUGACCAAGAAUCGAUCUUGAUCAAAAACGGAAUAAUCGAUUCCGUAAAUCGAUUUAUUUCCAAAAAUCGAUUUUAUUUGCGAUUUUCGAUCUCAUUAUGAUCGAACAUGUUGAAAAUGAUACAGCAUUUUUUUUAGUAUAAAAAAUUUAUUAAAAUUGAGAAUCGAUAAAUCGAACUCGAAAAUCGAUUUUUUUUGCGACUUUCGAUCUCAUUAUGAUUGAUCAUAUUCGAAAUAAAUAAUCAAUUCCAGUCUUCGAAGUAGGCUUCUCAACCAAAAAUCGAUCUUGAUCAAAAAUGGAAUAAUCGAUUCCGUAAAUCGAUUUUUUUCCAAAAAUCGAUUUUAUUUGCGAUUUUCGAUUUCAUUAGGAUCUAACGUGUUGAAAAUGAAACAGCAUUUUGAGAAAUGAAUCGAUAAAUCGAACUCGAAAAUCGAUUUUUUUGCGACUUUCGAUCUGAUUAUGAUUGGUCAUAUUCGAAAUAAAUAAUCAAUUCCAGUCUUCAAAGUAGGGUUCUCGAUCGAAAAUGGAACAAUCGAUCCCAGAAAUCGAUUUAUUAGCGAUUUUCGAUCUCAUUUUAAUCGUUUAUGUUCGAAGUCAAAUAUCAUUUUUUUGCUUCCAAAAAUCAGUCACAAUCGAUUCAUCAAACCGUAAAAAUGGAUUCAUAUGCUCGAUCAAAUUCGAAAUGAAAAAUCUAUUGCGUAACCUCUGCAUCAAAAAUCGAUCGUGAUCGAAAGGUCCAUUAAUCAGACUGCAAAAAUCGAUUCUUUGGUAUAUUUUUGAUCCCUUAUGAGUAAAAAUCGAUCACUUCAAAAUAAAAAAUCAUUUUUUUAACCCCAUAUAAAUCAAUCAUGAUCGAAAAUUGAUUAAUCGAGCCUGGCUGUUUUCGAUUUUCAAUCUCACAUGAUCGAUUUUGUUUAAAUUAGACCUUUCGAUCGGAAAUCGAUUGUGGCCAAAAAUCGAUUAGGUAUUGAACCCCAAAACUCGAUUCAUUUGCAAUUUUUGAUCUCAUACAAUUGAUCGUUUUAUAAACUGAAAAAUAAAUUUUGGUCUCAAAAGGAGACCUUUCGAUCAAGAAUCGAUUAUCGAAUUCCAAAAAAUCGAUCAAUUUAGGAUUUUUGAUCUUUUAUGAUCGAUCAUGUUCGAAAUGAAAAUUCCAUUUCAGCUCCAAAAAAGGACCUCUUGAUUUAAAAUCAAUCGUAAUCGAAAAUCGAUUCAUCGAAUUCCAAAAAUCGUUUCAUUGAAUUCCAAAAGUCGAUUCAUUGAAUUCCAAAAGCCGAUUCAUUGAAUUCCAAAAAUCGUUUCAUCGAAUUCCAAAAAUCGAUUCACAUUAUUGAUUUUUGAGCUCAUAUGAUCAAUCAUGUUUAAAAUUACAUCUUUCUUCAUUUUUUUUUUUUUUUUUUGAUUUUAUUUGACAUAAAAAAUUUACAAAAAUCAUGUUUUUCCUCUCAAAAGCCAUCUUUUGAAAAUCGAUUUUUUCGAUCAAUCGUCUCUUGUGAUUUUUGAUUUUGAUCACGAGGAAUGAUCGAUUUUUUUCAAAUAAAAAAAUGAUUUUCUGAAAAUCUGUAUUUUUGAACGAUCGAUUUUUGAUCUUCGAUUUCGGUUAUAAGGAUUGGUCAAUCUGUUCAAAAAUGAUCGAGAAAUGUAAUUUUAUGGUUGAAUUGUAGGUAAUCUAGGACGUAGGUACUUUGGAAAAAUAGACCCGAAGACCCUUUUUUAAGGCUUUUUCAUUCUCCGAGGGUCCAUCUCCCUUUGAAUAAAAAAUUGUCAAUGAUGAAAAUCACAAAGUACUGGAUCCAAAAUUGUUUCAAGUGUCUGAUUUCAAUUAUUUGAUUUAAUAUCGCUUCAAUUUAACUUUCUUAUCGUGGGACCGGUGGGACUGUUAUACUUAGACAGUGCAGGGGAAUUUUUCUUCUUUUGGUUCAUUGAAAUAUUGAUGCAGGUCAGACUUGUGAUUGUUUUUGAAUGUCUUUUUGGUCUUUUACAAACGAUUCAAAAAAUACGACAGAAUUAUAAACCACCAAAAAAAAGAAGGAAAAAAACACUUUAUUUUUGGCUGGACUUUUUUGUUGGGUCUUGCAGAAUGAACGAAGCAUUAAAACUUCCCAAAGUUGAAAUACCUAAUUUUCUUUCAGUGGAUAAAAUGAAAAAUUGUUGAACAGAAGUGUCAAUUAUACCUGUAAAACGAAACACCUUCGCAAUUGUCAUAUUCCCUAAUCCCUUUAAAAAUAAAAGUAUCGACAGUUUUUUAGAUCAAUAUUGCCAAUUCGAUACAUUUCGAAUAAUUAUUCAUCAAAACCGAUGGAAAUAUUCUAGUAAAAAAAUCCAUCAAUUCAUCGACGAAUAAAAUAAUCAUCUCACCAUGUGGAAAAGACAAAGACAGAAAGUAUUUUUGAAUUGUUUAUACCUAUACGUAUAAUUUUUAGUCGUUAUAAGUUAAAAAUGUUCGAAUACGAGCUUGACGAUAGUUUCUAACCACAAUUUACCAUCGGGGAAAUCUUGAGUGACAGUGUGGUACAGAACUAAACCCCGUUAAUUUAUAAGACGAGUCUAUGGUAUUUUGUAGUAUUUUUUUGACUUUUUUUUGAUUUCAUUUCUCGUUUUUUUUGUUUUUUGUUUGAUUAAAAUACUCAAUUUAAAAAAAAAAAAAAGGAAAAAAAAUGAAAAAGAAUAAAUAAUUAUUUUUUUUUAAAAACUGUAAUUUUCAUACGUAUUAAAUUUUUAAUGGCCUAAGAUUUAAAUUUAAAAUGAUUUUUCUCUUUAAUUAUAAUUAUGUAAUAUUAUUUUUAAUUUGUAUACAAAUUGUAUAUGUUUGUGGAAAACCGUGAAUUUUUUUUUGUACAUAUGGCUGUUCGUAGUUGAAAAUUUUGUUUUAGCAUUCUGUUAAAAGCCUAGUUGUUUAAAAGUUGCCAUAUUAAAACCCAAGUAGUCGCCGAGUAGUGGAUUUCGCUUGAAUACGAGUCUAUUAGACUAUUAUAGCGAGCAAUUACUCGGUUUCGAUGGCUUGGAUUUGCACAAAAGUACAAAUAAACAUUCGUGUAAGCUCAAAACGUGCGUUUGAAACUGCCUAUUUCAAUAAAACAACAAAAACGAUGAUUUUUAUAAAAUUCGUAUUCGUGUUGCGCGAAGAUGAUUUUGAUACGAUUGAUCGAGCAACAAUAUUUCGAGUAUUUGCUUUAAAAGCAUGGUUUUUUUUUGUAUAUAAUAUUAAUUCCAGCAUCAACACCAAAAUUUCGCGCAGGAUAUUAACGAAAGAAAUAUUUUUUAAAUUUUUGAAAAUGUUAUUACGUUGUGUACCUAUGUUUUACUAUUUAUAUUUGGUACUACGAUUUUUCUUUUUUUUUUCUAGAAAAUGCAAAACAUUGAAACAUUGUUACCAAUAAAACAUUUGUUGUGGCCUCGCUGCCAUCCAAUUUUUAGAUACCUACCUAGUUGAUUUUGUUACCAAAAUACCUACCUAACGCGUUAUUAAACAUUUAUACCCGCGGAUUUUGUAGAUAACAGCGACGAAUUUGAGUACAUAUGUACAUAAGAAAACAUAUCAAAAAUCAUUUCGUAUUGCAUUUGCAAAUCGCGCUUCGUUUAAAAAUGGCCAUCUCGUUCAUUUUGAUCAAAAUUUUUUCCUUUCGGCAUUCGAGCAUUUUAUCUACAAAAUCUGAUUACAGGAUUGUCGACGAGCUAUGUUAGUUAGAUUGUUGUGGAAAGCUGGUUUCUGUUUUCCCUCCAUUUUGUUUGAUUUAUUUACGUACGUUUUUUAAAUAAAAAAUGUUAAAAAAAUAGCGAAAUUACUCGUACUGUUACAUGUACCGCGUGCUUUAAGUAUAAAAAUGUGAUAAUUAGAUGAUUGCGUUGGAUUGUUACUAUUUUUUUUCUAAAGUAUUAUUCGUCGAGUUCCAUAUUUUUUUUUGUUUGUGUUUUGUGUUUCGGUGUAUUUGUUAUUUAUACAAUUUAAAAUUAAUACGAUGUUUUAAAAAAUGUUGAAUUUUAUGUUAGAACUUGUAGUAAAAGACUGUAUAAUUU